ACUUAAUAUGAUAUAUUUUCAGUCCAAGGCGCAAAGAGACUCGUACGACCGUUAUGCUCCCAAAUCUCGCCUAAACUACUCGCACCGGCGUCGCACGCCGCCGGCACGGGUAACGGUCUUUUUUCCGAUCCCUUUUUGUUUCUAAAGUUUCCAUAAAAGCUCUCUCACCUUCUCACUUACACCCUCAACUCUCUCUCUCUCUCUCUCUCUUCAAGAGCACCAAACCCUCGAGCGUACCCUUUUUAUGUACUGGCUCCUUUUUUUGCAGGUUGUGGUAGCAGUGCUUGAGGAGAGAGAAAAUUAGGGUUUCUGAGUGAUCGUUGAGGAUGAGAUUUGGAGUGAGUUCUGAAUUUAGUAUUGUAUGAUGGUGGCUGCUGUGUCUGCUGCGCCGAACCCUAAACCCUCGUCUCAUCGGAACCCUGUGAGGCCACCUCUGCUACCAUCUGAGGGCGACAAUGGAGUCGGUCCUCGGAGGCCUAGGGCGAGAGAAGUUACUUCCAGAUACAUGUCUUCUUUAUCGUCUACUUCGUCGUCGUCUACGUCUUCUGCGAAUUCCUUAUCUUCGAGGCGGAGUGCGUCACCCAUCGUUUCAAGGACGGGACCUACUACGGCUGCAAUGACGCCGGCGAAUAAGCGGUCGCAGUCGGUGGAGCGGAGAAGACCGGGGACUCCUUGGGCUAGCACAGUUGAUUUGAGGGCUGGCAAUGCCGCUCAGGGCUCGACUGCUUCGAGGAAUUUGCUCACUUCGGCUAGGAGUUUAUCGGUUUCGUUUCAGGGUGAGUCGUUCUCCCUCCAGGUUAGUAAGGCGAAGCCUGCGCCAUCGUCCAAUGUUAGGAAAGGUACACCCGAGAGGAGGAAAGCGACACCAGCGAGAGGAGUGAAGGGUGAUGAAUUGGUUGGAGCGGAUCAGAGUGAGAACUCCAAGCCGGUUGAUCAGCAGCGAUGGCCGGGGAGAUCACGCCAACCAAAUAUCAUGACUAGAAGUUUGGAUUAUAGGGACGAUAGGAGGAGUUUGGGUUUAUCUGGGAGCGUGGUUAGGGCACUGCAACAUUCUAUGAUUGAUGGAACUCCUAAAUUACAGUCAAAUUCAGGCGACGCUGACCUGGAAAAGGCCGCUCUGCCUGCCGUUGAUGGGAAUUCGGCUAUUGGAUCUGCUGAAUCUUCGGAUCCCGUUGCGUCUGAUACAGAAAGUGUGUCUUCUGGCAGCACUUCUGGAGCACGGGAGUGCAGCAGCACGGCUCAAAGUCGGGGUGGGCCACGUGGAAUCAUGGUGCCGGCUAGGUUUUGGCAAGAAACUAAUAAUCGGCUGCGUCGCAUGCCGGAGCCAGAGUCGCCACAGUCAGGGAGCCCUGGAUUGAAAACAGCAGUGCCGGUAAAGCUGUUUGGGCCUAAGAAAUCUGCGAGUGAUAGCCCUGUAUCAUCUCCCCGAACAAUCUCAACUAGCAGGGGUUUGUCAUCUCCUCUUCGCGGCGCUGUUCGGCCAGCAUCACCGAGUAAGCUCAUGACAUCUUCAACCUCUUCUCCAAUGAGGGGAAUACCCAGUCCGUCUCGGGUAAGGAAUUUAGUAGCGAGUACCCAGCCAAAUAUUCUCAACUUUGCUGCUGAUGUUCGAAGAGGGAAGAUGGGGGAGAACCGGAUUGUCGAUGCACACUUAUUGAGGCUUCUAUAUAACAGGCACUUGCAAUGGCGUUUUGUGAACGCGAGAGCAGAUGCUACCAUGAUGGCUCAGAGGCUAGCAGCAGAGAAAAGCUUGAUUGAUGCAUGGGAAUCUACUUUGGUAUUGCGUGAUUCUGUUAGAGGGAAAAGAAAGGAAUUGCAGUUUUUGAGGCAAUAUUUGAAGCUAACUGCUAUACUCAAAGGGCAAAUGCUAUACUUGGAAGAGUGGGCCCUUUUGGAGAGGGAUCACUCCAAUUCUUUGUCAGGGGCUAUUGAAGGUUUAAAGGGUAGCACCCUUCGCCUUCCAAUUGUUGGUGGAGCAAGGGUAGACAUCCAAAAUGUGAAAGAAGCAAUUUGUUCGGCAGAUGAUGUGAUGCAGGCAAUGGCUUCCUCGAUAUGCUCUUUGCUAGCUAAGGUGGAGGAAAGGCAUUCCUUGGUUGCUGAGCUUGCUAACAUAACCACACAGGAGCGUGAUUUGCUUGACCAGUGCAGAGAUCUCUUGUCCUCAGCAGCUGCAAUGCAGGUGACGGAUUGUAGCCUAAGAACACACACAUUACAACUAAAACGUGUACCCCCAAGCCUGACAGCAAAUGUGUAAAGCUCCUCGUGUAGCUUGACUGCCUACACUAUACGCUAACAUCACCUUGAAUCUUUAUUUUUCAACCGGAGUUACUAGGAAGAUAUCUCUCUCAAUCAAGUGGUCGACAGCAGAAGAGUGCUCGUUUUGUUCCAGAAAUUGGCUGUAUGAUGUAUUUUGUAUGCAUAGAUGGCUGGAAAUCAUGUUUCUCAAUUUCAAAUUAGGUUGUAUACACGCACUGUUUCUCUAGGCUAGAAGGCAAAGCACAUGUAAAUAUGUGUAAUGAUCUUUCCAUUUUUUCUCAUUCUAUAGCGCUAUUCUUUUGGGGGGUACUCGUGUGAAUAUCUCUCAAUAUUUCAAAAUUGAAAUUCAACCCAAAUUUAACUCAAA